AUGAUUACAAAAGUCAAUGUCGAUCACAUUUCUGAUGGUACAACAGCAACUAGUUCUACAGCCAUUAAUUCUUUACACUCGGAUCCAAACAAAAAUUUCUGUGAUAAAAUGAGUUUGUCUGAGUCAAUUCAAUCGAAUCCAAACGAAGAGAUAUCUAACAUUAAAAAGCAAUUGACACUGGAUUUAACUCAUAACUUGAAUUCUCCAGAAAAUGAAGAUUUAUCGUGUAAGUCUCCAACGUCUCCGAAAUCAGCUCGUGUAUUAUCUCAUCAAUCAUCAUUAACAUCUCAAGUUGAAGUUGUAGAUGAUAGAAAAGCUCUACGCGAUGCUUUAUACCAAGGUAUUUUUCAUCGACAUCGUAGAACGAUAUUUGCUAUAGGAAGCUUUUUAAGAAUGCUUAAGUCACGAAAUUCGCAAUACAAUUCUAUAAGAAGCUCAAGUGAAGAUGAAAAUACACGAUAA